CAGCUUAGCUCCCACCAGCUCUAGUUCCUGGCUGCGAAGAGGGAGAUUACAGAGAAGCACCGUUCCCCCACUCCAGACCCCAAGCCUCCAGCCAAGGUUCAGAAUUGCGUGAUUCCUUGGACACAGCCUCCCAGGCUGAGCACGGUCACUUACUGGCUCACACUGUUGCAAGGGAAGACAGAAGUUGUCUCCCUUCUGCCCCGCCCCAGCCCCACUGAUGCUACCCAGCUAGUCUAUGCUGCUGACAUAAAUGUGUAUGCUCCUACGCCAUCAUCGCCAUCUCAGGAGUGAAGCAACAGCUUUUUGACAGCAUCUUGGACCGGGACCCCAUGGAGAAGGCCCCAGCAGACCAGGCCUGAGGUCCAAUCAAGCACCCAAUGGAUGACAAAAAGAAGAAGAGGAGUCCUAAGCCCUGCCUGGCCCAACCAGCCCAGGCCUCAGGCACACUGCGGAGAGUUCCUGUGCCAACCAGCCACAGUGGCUCCUUAGCCCUGGGACUCCCUCAUCUGCCAUCACCCAAGCAGCGAACCAAGUUCAAGAGAGUAGGCAAGGAGAAAUGCCGCCCGGUGCUGGCUGGAGGUGGGGGCGGCUCUGCAGGCACGCCCCUGCAACACUCCUUCCUGACUGAAGUGACCGAUGUCUACGAGAUGGAGGGGGGGCUGCUGAACCUGCUCAAUGACUUCCAUUCGGGUCGCCUGCAGGCCUUUGGGAAGGAAUGCUCCUUAGAGCAGCUGGAGCACGUGCGGGAGAUGCAGGAGAAGUUGGCCAGACUGCACUUCAGCCUGGACGUGUGUGGGGAGGAGGAGGACGAGGACGAGGAAGAUGAUGGGGUCACAGAGGGCUUGCCUGAGGAGCAGAAGAAGACAAUGGCUGACCGAAACCUGGACCAGCUGCUUAGCAAUCUAGAAGAUCUUAGCAAUUCCAUACAGAAGCUGCACUUGGCAGAGAACGCUGAGCCUGAGGAGCAGCCAGCGUCGUAGGUGUCGGACCCAGGCCUAGCUGCUUCUCUCCUUCCCUUCAAACUGUGACUUUUUACGGACUCGGGAGGGUUCCGCAGCCCCCCAGGUGCUAUGAAGUGGGGGGCACUGGAUGGAAUUAAACAAACGGAAAAGCC